AAGAGCCAUACUGUUACUUAGUAGCAUGUAAAUUAUUUGGUAGUAUAUCGUCGAACUUAAAAGAAAGAAGAUGUCGGAUAUAUUGUGCAGGUGGUUGAACCAGGAGCUCCAGUUGACAAAAGCCGUUGACCCAAAGACCUUUGCCAAGGAUUUCUCCAAUGGUUACCUCAUUGGAGAGGUUCUGCAUAAAUAUCAGUUGCAGAACGAUUUCAGUAUGUUUAUGAAGAAAGACACCUCAAUCUCCAAACUGAAUAAUUUUACGCGCCUUGAGCCUACUCUCCAGUUACUGGGGAUCUCCUUCGACAUAAACACAGUCCAGGAACUGAUGCAGGAGAAGCAGGGUGUUGCCACACGCCUCCUUUACCAACUCUACAUCUCACUUGAAAAGAAGAAGAGAGCAGAAAUCAGCGGGGCAAUGAUGGAAAUCAUGCAGCCAGCAGCCAAUUCAGGCCUGCACAAAAAGGAGCAUGACAUCUUCUCUGAUCGACUGCAUCAGGUGGUGAAACGUGAUGCAGAGCUGAAGCUGCAGAAAAUUUCUCAGCAUUAUGAGAAGAAAUGCCAGGAACUGAACGACAGGUCUGUCACGACCCAUCCCAUUCAGCAAAAGAGACAAGAAGAGAAGGGAAUGAAGAAUAUUGAGAAGGUGCAGAUGUGCCGUCUGAAGUACAAUGGCAUUAUGCCUUGUAACCAGGCCACAAUUGUCCAGGUACCCAACCCACCACCCUACACUUCGCAGCUCAACCUAAAGAAGAGACGACAGCAGCAGCAGCAGUUGCAGCGCAGACAACGACAAGCACAGACAGUCCAGGCUGAAAUAGCCCAGUUUGAGACAAACAUGAAGAAAUUGGUUACUUCUGGAUUUGCUUCCUCUUCAAGUGGUCAGCACAUCCCUGCGGAUUUUCCCCUUGAUGGCAGCAUCCAGGGCUGUGAGGCCCCUGGAAGUGGAACUAAGCUGAUAUUGCAAUCUAACAGCAAGUAUAUACAGGAGAUCCGACAGAGGCUGGAGGAGAAUGCUGUAGCUCGUGAGCAGAGAGAGAAAAGACGCAACAGAUUCCUGGUGGAGCAGCUCAAGGCCCAUGAAGAUCGAGAGGAGGCACGGCGAGAGGAGCAGCUGGUGAAGCGCCUGACACGUCAGACUCAGCAGGAGCAGCGUUUGGCAUCUCAGCUCCUCCAGAUACGUAUGCAGAAGGAGGUGAUCCGGGAGAACCGCCUGUUCAGAGAGCAGCAGUACCAGCAGCGGAGAGAGAGGGACUUCCAGGAGACUCUGGAGAGGGAGGCGGCUUUGGCUCAGCAGGCUAAGUUGGACUGUGCCGAAGAGAUCAAAAAGGAGCUUGAACUCUUAAACAGGAUUGCUGCUGAGCGAGUUCAGAGCAGAUACAAGAAGCACUUUAAAAGCUGCAAGGACAUUUUGGAGCAGAUAGUGGACUUGGCCACCAAGGUUGGAGAAUAUCGACUGCUCACUGCAAAUCUGAUUCCAGAGAAGCUGAUGAGAGAGUGGAAGGAAUUGCUGUUCAGUGGUCUGCCUCUCUAUGAGCCGAUAAAGGGCCAGCAGCCCGGGUAUGGCUUCUCUAUCCCACUAGAUCCUGUAGAACUUAAGAAGCAGGAGAUACUCAACAACCAGGACUAUGACGAAUACAUUAACAUGGCAGGUGAGUGGGCAUGGCCAGAAGAGGCAGGGGAGACCAAAUUACCCCCAACCAACAACAACAUUCUUGGACAUGUUGUCUCGCGACUGAGGAAUAUUGUUCAUCCACCCAUCAUGGAGCCCUCCUCACCUUCAUUUCCUCACUUUACCCUGAAAGCAUGCGUCCUGGGCAAGUUUUGCUCUGGAAAGACCACCUGCCUGGCCAAGAUUGCAGAAGUUCAUGGCAUCUGUGUCUUAUCAGCUGACACACUGAUUGAGGAGGCGCUGAAUGCUUACCAUAGCGGAGAGGAGGUCACAGAGCAGCAGGGAGAAAAAGACACCGAGCAACUGCUCAGAUCCUCCACAUCGCUGAAAUCUGACCUUGGCACUCCAGAGGAAAAUAGAGACAGUGACAUAAGAGUAAGACUGUCUACCCGGGCCAUGCAGGGAGCAGCUGCAGAAAAAGAGCUGAGAAAAGGCAACCCCAUCCCUAAUGAGCUGUUAGUAGACAUCAUAGUGGAGGCUAUCAGGCAGGUUCCAGCUCAGUCAGGUUGGAUACUGGAUGGCUUUCCAGUGGACAUCACCCAGGCCUACCUGCUAGAGAAAGCCCUGGGUGGGUCUGUAGAUGUAGGGAAUAUAGCUGAAAGCAGCAGGGUGAACCUUGCUGCUGAUCCUGAUCCACCCAAACCUCUGCCACCUCCAGCUCCAAUAUUGGACCUGGCUCUGCUGCUGGAUAUCCCUGAUGAGAGUGUGGUCGAACGUGCAUUCAGUCAAACUGAUACUGCUGUUGAUACAACCUCCCAUAUCACAGACAAAAAUUUGUAUCUGGCACAGAUUCCACACAGGAUCACAGCUUUUCAGGACACCUGGCCAAAACUGGAGAAAUGGUUUGGUGAAAAGCAAAAGAUUUUGGUCCGUGUUGAUGCCAGUGUAGUGGAGGAGGAACUAUACAAGAGAGUUGAGUCUGUCCUGCAGCAAGUUUUGAUUCAAACACAGGAAGCUCUUGCUGCUUCUCCUGCUGGAGAUGUGUUGGGCAGUGAGAAAGCUCCAGACUCCUCCUCUUCAGCCAGUCCUCCACCUGUAGACCAACCUCCAGCCCUCACAGACGAAGUCCCAGGCCACACAGAGUCCGAUUCCAUCCCCAAGAACCCACCUGAAUCUGCCUCUCCCUGUCCAGGUUCAUCCAGUUGGGUCUAUGUGGAUGAACCCCUUCCUCCAGAGAUCUCCGAGUUUCUAUGCCCCCACUGGGACACAGUGUGUGAUUCUUACGUGAACAACAUAAAGACAGUGAUGCAGCAGCUGCGCUCACAAAGCACUAUUAUUACUCAUCACCUUUUCAACAUCAGAGAGGAAUUCAAGCAUUACCUGGUGCGUCCAGACUCCAAGCAGGAGUUAGUGUCUCAGUGGCAGAAGAACUUCAACAGCAUUCCUGAUGAUAUGAGAGAAGAUGAGGAUACCAAAGCAGAGCUACAUCUGAGACUCGAUGAACUGCGUGAAAAUUUGUGGGACAUCAGUGACAAGUGCAAGGAUCAGGAUGAGCAAGAGAGGGCCUCUUUCAUGUGUGACAGCUGGCUGGAGGACCACACUGCUGUACUCAUCAACCACCACUCCAUGCUCAUGCAGGUGGAGUUGGACCGUUUCCAGGAGACCCUCUGUAUUCUCAGGGUCUACUAUUUCAGCAUGUGCGAACAAGUGCUGCCUGAGCCACCCUCCGACUUUGCCUGCAUCCCCCUACUGAGCAUCCCAAAAAUUAGGGAUCAGGAUGAGAGUGCUGAGCCAGCAGACACAAGUGUGUGUAGUCAGAUGGAUGACGGAGAGGAAAAGGGGAAAACUAAGCUUGUUCUGCUCCUUCCCAGACAUCCUGACUCCUCAGGACGGGUCUCUAAGCUGAAAGACCAGGGCCAGACAGAACCUGUUCAGCCACCCCAUGAGAAACUUGUCUCUGACUAUGAGGAGGCACUCAGGGCCAUCAGCAAAUUGGUGUCAGCAGAAGCCCACCAGGGGGAGACAACAGAGCAAAAGGAGAAACCACAAGAAAAAGAGAGGCCCACUGCAAGUGCAAACAAGACAAAAAAAGGAAAGCAAUCAGAAAAAAAACAGAAAGGUCCACCGUCCCCACCUCCAGCACCCAGCCCUGCACCGGCUGAGGACAAAAAAGCAGAGAAGACUCAUGAUCAAGAAGUCAGAAACAAAAUACAUAAAGAAUAUGCAGCUGUGCUGGAGCACGAGGAGAAUGCAGCAAAGAUGCGCAUUGCACUGAUAAAAGGUCAUGGUCUGGCGAUAGUGCAAACCUUGCAAAGCAGAGCAGAACAGGUGUUUAGCAGUAUGGAGAAGUGGUUAGAGGCACACUAUCUUGCAGAAAUGAAGAGCAUUGACCAAUUGACAGAAGUAGUUCGCCACCACAUAGAGGCUGGUGCCAAGCUGCAGUUUGAACUAGUGCUGCGAUAUACUGACUUCUAUCUGAAUGGAGACCACCACAUGGUGGCCAGCCAGGCUCCCCCUCCCCGUCCACCUCCUCUGGAGAAACCCACACGGUCCACCCCGACCAUCACACAGCUGGAAUUACUCCACCAACAGCUAUGCAAUGCUGGUCCAUCAGGCCUCAUGUCCAGUUGUGAGUUCUCCAGUAUGCUCAGGGAUAUCACCUCUGUUAACAUGGGCAGAAACACCUUGCCUGAGCCCUGGAUCAACAAGAAUGAAACGCAGCUGAUGGAGAUUGUGUCUAUGCUAAUGGACAAUGAUGAGCUUGUAGACUGGCGUCGGUUUCUGCUCAGUGCUGCCCUCCCGUGGCCAUUUCCGUCUUUAACACAGCUGCUGGUGGUGCUACGACGUUUUAAGGCAGCAGAUACUGGCAACACAGGUUAUAUAAGCAGGGAACAGUACCUACAGACAGAGUUGUGGUUUCCCAGUGAGAGUGUGCAGCCCAUCCCUGAGGACCCCUCUGAGCCUCUACCUUAUGACCGUCUGGCUAACUUACGCAAGUUCUUUUUCGAGUUGUUUGCAGACCAUUCUUUCUCUCCCCCUCAACUUGACUACGUGUCCAUGCUGCAGUACUUUGCAGCCGAUCCUAACCCCGGACAGGGCUUCAUCAGGGCACUUAGUGUAGUGCUGGGACAGCAUCUUAAACACUCCUCAACGGGCCAUCUGGUCAAGUCUAUGCCCAGUAUAGCAGAAGCUACGGAGCUCCACUCCUCAGAACUUGAUGGAGAGUGCAAGGAAGAAGAGACUCUGUGUGCAUCAAGCAGUUCAUUGGUGGAGCCAGAAGUGUCCAUCCCUGCUCUCCUUGCUGUCAUCUGCCACAAAAUCCCCAAGAUGAAAGACGGCAGCCCUUUCCCUCCAGGUUGCCUGAGUCAGGAGGAGCAAACUGAGCUCCUAGUGCAAAUAUUCACAGAGCUGGGCUACAAGUCUGAGAACUGUGUCCCCUUCUCCGUUCUGUCUGAGCAUCCUUUGAUCCAGGGCAUGAUGGAGACCGCAACACAGUAUCAGCUUGUAAACAUUCAUAGAGUGCUACUGGCCCAUGAGGGUAAAGGGGAGGCUAACAAUGUGACAGUUUCCUAAAGGAUGCUGCAUAUACAGUACAUAUACAUGCUGCUGUCUGCAUCAGGAAGAACUCUUUCAUUUUGAAAAUGCAAACAAUGUUGCUU